AUGUUGGCCACACGCUUGACAAGAUCUAGUUUGAUAAAACGUGCGAUAACUCCUGCUACCGGAUUUUCCGCAGCCCGUUUCUAUUCAAAUAUUCCAUUAUCAGUUAGUGUUAAACUCCCUAAUGGAAUUGAGUACGAGCAGCCAACUGGUUUGUUCAUCAACAAUGAGUUUGUUCAAUCUAAGAACAAGCAUACUUUUGAGGUUCUGAGUCCUAUAACAGAAGAAUUGGUAACCAGUGUUUAUGAGGCUCGUGAAGAAGACGUAGACCACGCAGCCAAGGUUGCGUCAAAAGCAUUUGAGGAGACUUCAUGGGCCACUGGCGAUCCAGCCAUACGUGGUGCCGCCCUUAGUAAGUUAGCUGAUAUUGUGGAAGAGAAUAAAGAAACAAUUGCAUCUAUUGAGACAUUUGACAAUGGUAAAUCAAUCACGGACGCUCUCGGUGAUGUUAAAUUGGCUAUUUCUGUUAUGAGAUCCAGUGCAGGCUUUGCAGAUAAGUUAACCGGAUCCGUUAUUGAGACAGGUGAUGACUAUUUUAAUUUCACCAGGAGAGAACCAUUAGGUGUCUGUGGUCAGAUUAUCCCCUGGAACUUUCCAUUCUUGAUGUUUACCUGGAAAAUUUGUCCUUCUCUUGUAACAGGUAAUACUGUGGUUUUGAAAACUUCUGAAACCACUCCAUUAUCUGCAUUGUUUGUCUGUAGCUUGAUCAAGAAACACAACAUAUUUCCACCUGGAGUUAUUAAUGUCGUCAAUGGUUUUGGUAAGAUAACAGGUAAUGCUAUAUCUGAGCACCCGUUGAUCAGAAAAGUCGCAUUCACUGGUUCUACUGCUACUGGAAAGAUCAUUAUGAAGAAGUGCGCUGAAUCAAAUAUUAAGAAAGUCACAUUAGAAUUGGGUGGUAAGUCUCCACACAUCAUCUUUGAUGACGCAAAUCUUGAUCUUGCAUUGAAAAAUGUUGCAGUUGGUAUUUUCUAUAAUUCUGGUGAAGUGUGCAGUGCUGGUUCCCGUUUGUACGUUCAAGAAGGAAUCUAUGAUGAAUUCAUGAAAAAGUUCGUUGAAUAUACCAAAGACAAUAUCAAGGUCGGAGAUCCAUAUUCCUUGGAUACCGUUCAAGGAGCUCAAAAUAGCUCUAAGCAAAUGGAAAAAAUCUUGAAUUAUAUCAAAAUAGGUUCUGACGAAGGCGCUAAGUUGUUAUCAGGGGGUUCAAGGAUCCCUGGAAAGGGUUACUUCAUAAACCCAACUAUUUUUGGUGACGUCAAUGAAAAGAUGAGAAUUGUCAACGAAGAAAUUUUUGGUCCAGUGAUUACUGUCUCUAAGUUUAAAACUGCCGAUGAAGUAGUUAAGAUGGCAAAUCGUUCUGAGUACGGCUUAGCUGCUGGUAUUCAAUCAACCAACUUUAACACAAUUAUGGAUGUCACGAGAAGAUUGAGGGCAGGAACUGUUUGGGUGAAUACUUACAAUGACUUCCAUGCAAUGGUUCCAUUUGGGGGUUAUAACCAAUCAGGUAUUGGCAGAGAAAUGGGUGAAGAAGUAAUGCACAACUAUACCCAAGUCAAGGCUGUCAGAGCUGCAAUUCCUCAACCAGUCAAGUGA